AUGGCGCAAAGAAUUUUACAGACCUCUUUUAAGAAGAUAAUAUUUAUACCACUAGCACUAAACAUCAUUCAAAAUUGUCGCUCAUCUAAUUCUCUCAUCACUAAAGCUUUCUCAUUGUAUAGUAGUGGCAUCAAAGGUACUAUGGAACAGGAGAAAGGUAUUCAUGUUAUUGAUGUGAGGAGUGAUACUGUUACGAAACCAACUCCAGAGAUGAGACAAGUUAUGGCUAAUGCUGAGGUCGGUGAUGAUGUAUUUGGUGAAGACCCUUCAAUCAAUAGUCUUCAGGAAAAAUCUGCAAAGCUGCUUGGAAAAGAGGCUGGUUUGUUUGUUCCCUCAGGAUCCAUGGGAAAUAUUAUUUCCAUCAUGGCACAUUGUCCUCAUCGUGGUGAUGAAAUUUUAGUUGGAGAUAAGUCUCACAUAUGUAUUUGGGAGCAGGGCUCCUGUUCUCAGAUAGCAGGAGUGCAUUCCAGGCAAAUUUACACCCAUCCCAAUGGAGAAUUGGACCUUGAAGACAUGAAAAGCAAGAUAUAUGAUGGACAGGAUGAUCACUUCACUCACACAAAAUUGAUCUGCCUGGAGCAGACUCACAAUUACUCAGGAGGUUCAGUUCUUUCCCUUCCAUAUUUAGAGAAGGUGAAAGAGAUUGCUACUGUUAAUAACUUGUCACUUCACAUGGAUGGUGCAAGGCUUUUUAAUGCUGUAGCAGCUCUUGGUGUCCCAGCAGCAGAAGUUACCAAGCAUAUGGACUCUGUCACAUUCUGCCUGUCGAAGGCUCUUGGCGCUCCUGUUGGAUCAGUAAUUGUUGGUUCCAAAGAGUUCAUAGCGAGGUGCCACAGACACAGGAAAGCCCUAGGGGGAGGUAUGAGGCAAGCAGGUAUAAUAGCUGCAGCUGGUAUCUAUGCACUUGAUAAUAUUGCACCAAAGUUGGUGGAGGAUCAUACAAAUACUAAUAGGCUCGUUCAAGGGCUAAUGAAAUUGAAAGGCAUUGAUGUGGACCCCAAGGAAAUACAAUCAAACAUGGUGUACUUGAAUGUCACUCACGACAGCCUUACAGCUAAUGACAUUGUGCAUGGAAUGGGAACUUGUUCAGAUAAUGAACCACGAAAAGUCAUUGUGAAACUUCUAGCCAUUAGUGCCAGAAGAAUAAGAAUUGUAUUCCAUCACCAAGUACAAAGUAAUGAUGUAGAAUUAAUUAUCAAUAAGUUGAGAUACAUUUUGCAAUCUUAAAUUAACAUUUUGCAAUCUUGGAAUCAUGAUUAUUCUACUUUGAAUUCAUACUUUUUACAAAAUGAAAUGCAGACAAUGUUUGAAAUAAAAAUACUAGAAACAAAAUUUCAGAUGAUAAUCCCAAGUACCGAACUAAAUAAUACUAAAUAUUGUGUUAUUCCUCUUUUCUGUUCAUGAUGAGUCGGAGGUGAUUGAUCGUAUGGCCAAUACAACACAGACACAAAUGUUGAAAACAAUUUGUGAAAUUCUGUGAAUAAUUCAUAAUUCCUUUGGGACAUUUUGAAUUCAUAUGCUAAUUAGAUACAGCCACUAGUGCUGUAUCAGAACAGUAUACAUCCACCAGUGACAUCUAAUUAGCAUUUUCAGCAUAAGGUUGGUAUCAGGUUUACACGAUAUUCAUGUGACCUGAUAUCUAAAGCUGUAUUGGCUUAGACCCUCAUUAAUUAUUCAUGAAUUUUACAAACCAAUUUUUAUAAGUAUGGGAAUUUUCAUAAUUAUUAUGGAUAACUAGAACAGUACCAUUCAACUGGCUGUUGGCAAUUUGACAAGCAAACCAUAUCUUGAAUUUAUAGCUAAUGUGUCAUGUAAUUAUGAGAAUAGUUCUGUUUUAUAGUUACGAGAUUCUCAUGUUUGUUCUUUACACUCUAAUGCAAAGAUUUAUUUCUAUCAGGGGGUCGUUUUUACUCCACUUUGAGAUGCACAAAUUCAAAGCAGCUUAAUUGGCAGAUGUUGAGUUCGUACAUAGUGUGGGACAGUUUCAUAUUGUUUUGAUCAACUGACCUAGCAUGUGCAACGACAAAAAAAGAUUUAUUCUGGCUG